AUGGAAAUUCUCAAGAGCUCUAGAUUUGGGUUUGUUCUUCAACUUGUGCUGUUAUUGCAGAUCCAUAAUGUAAUCUGUUAUCAAUACAAAGUUGGAGAUUUGGAUGCUUGGGGUCUUCCCUCUUCAGAAAAUUCAAAGAUCUACAUGUAUUGGUCUAAAUAUCACUCUAUCAAGAUUGGUGAUUCUCUCAUGUUCUUGUACCCACCAAGCCAAGAUUCAGUGAUUCAAGUUACAAAAGAAUCUUACAACAGUUGUAACCUCAAGGAUCCAAUCUUGUUCAUGAAAGAUGGCAACUCUCUUUUCAAUAUUACUGAUUAUGGGGAUUUGUUCUUCACAAGUGGAGUUGCUGGUCAUUGUGAGAAGAAUCAAAAACUCCAUAUUUCUGUUCUUUCUGGAAAUGGUUCUUCUGCAAGUGCUCCUUCUUCCGAUGGUGCACUUCCUGAGAUUUCUCCCUCUUACCCCACAGUUUUUGGUGGAAUCCCAGCAGCUCCAAAUGCCAAUUCUAGUUCUUCAUCUUCCUCUUUGCCUACAAAAAGCCUUCAUCUUCCUUCUGCUUUCAUUGCUGCAGCUUUUUCUGGACUUGUGGCUUUGAUUGCUUGAGUUCAAUAUUGAGGUCUAGGGAAUUCUUUUUCACAAUCAUUAUCAUUAUACUGUUGUUUUCAGAUGAAAUUUGAAUACCAAUGAUGUUUAAAAUAUAAAUUACACUUUUGCUUUGGAGUGUGUAA